CAAUGAGACUAAGCCAAUCCUGCAUGUCUGGAGCUCUGAAACACAUGGCACAAAGCAACCAGAAAGCAGAACUAUGAUACCCGGAACUCUGACUUGUUUGGCCGUGAGCCCCGAUGAGAACUAUUGCGCCGGAUCUGUUAAAGUUUCAGACAGCCCUCUACUUGUGGCUCAUUUCGAGCGGAGACUUGGUUGCACUGCGGUCGAAUGUACACUUCCAGCGAAUCACGAAUAUUCUUUUUCUAUCAGACAACGAACGAGUCGUAACAGCCUCUCAAGACUCUCGGAUCAAAAUAUUCUCCAUAUUCCAGCUCAUAAAUGAGCAAGGAAUCACAGGCGACAGUGAUGCCCUCUUCACCCUGUCGGGGCAUACAAUGCCAAUCAGUGGACUCACCUGCUCCAGUAUAGACUUGGCAAAAAACUGGAUCUUCUCAUGCUCUAUGGACAAAACGGUCAAAGUUUGGGAAGGUAACUUCGGGCAGAUCUUGUCCACAUUCGUUCUGGAAUCGACGCCUACCUGUAUAUUAACGAACAGCACCUUGGAAUCUAUUUUUGUCGGUCACCUAGACGGGUCUAUAUUGUCUAUCACAUUGAAACCCAAAGACACGUACAAGCAAGUAAACAUGUUAACCAACGAAAUCAAUCAGAAAAUGACCGGCCAUCAUUCAGAAUUGACAUGUCUGCAGAUAUCAGUUGACAGUGCCGUUCUAUUCUCUGCCAGUACAGACAAGACUGUCAAAGUAUGGCUUGUCAAAAAUUUGCAAUGCAUACGAACAUUGAAUUUUGAAAGCGCUGUCACCAACUUAAAGGUUUCUUUGCUCAACAUUUGUGAAAAAUUUUCAUAUCAUCGUGAAAAGUUACCUCAGUUUUCAAGAACGAUGACUGAUUUAAACCAAUUUACUGUGUUGUCAGUGAGAAAUUUCACAGCCAUUGGUUUGGAAAGAUCUGAAACUGAGAAAAGUGAAAAUGUUUUAGUGCAUAAUUUUGAGUGUAUUGAAGAUGAUGAACAAGAAGAUGAUGAUCUCGCAUAUGAUGUCAAAAGACUGAAAAUUGAAACUGAAAAUAAAUUACGAGAUUUAUUCUCAAAAUUUGCUGAUACCAUUUGA